CCAGGACAGAAGCAGGUACACUACAACACUCGACACCUAGUCUCCGAACACAGGACCCCUCUCCAUCGUUGGAUGGUUUAUUCUGCGAGGCGCAGGGUUCAAAAUGAGUUCGGUUGAGUCCUCGCCCUCUCCCCCUUCCUCUACAUCAUGGACACUGCAGACUUGUCCCCCUCCAACUCCAAGGUGAUCAUUCAAUGCACAGAUCCCAGUAAUGUUUUCGAAUCGUUGGAGCCUCGACUUUCGGCCAAGAGUCCUUUGAAAAACCUCCACUGGAAAUCACCCACGAGACCCCUCCGAUCAAUCCCCAAUCUCAAUAUCUCCGUCACUCGUGAAGACAAGUCUGGCGCUUCCACCCAGAAUGUUCGUCGACAUCAGAUUCCCGGUCUACGAGAGACUCCAUACGUCAAACUCUACCUCCUGCGAUGUGAUGACAAAGAAAGAUACAAAGAGUCGGCAAGAAAAGAAGUUCGACAGUGGGUCAAAUCCAACACGUCUCCCUCCGACUCCAAGUCUUCAACAAAGAUUAAUGAGAAACACGAUGCCUUCGAAUGGUUGAUUGUCCACGUUGUGCUGCCCAACACUCCCGCAGCCAGUCAGCCCAGAUCUUCCAAGAACAUUCCUCCUGGUGCCACGGAUAGCACAGAUAGCGUCAAUAGCAAAUCGGCCUGGACUGGCAAAAGCCAUUCGACCAUCUUGGACAAGCUGAAGGCAGACUUUAACAGCUCGUCCAAAUCUGCCUUUAACCGCGUGGUCCAGGUGAGACUUCUCGAAACUGGCGACAAGUCCUCGCCUCUAUCUCCUGCCGACAUCGAAGGCCAGUGGCAAGAUCUGGUCGAAGCCCUCAAAGCCUGCAUUCUACGUUCUUUUGACGCUCGGGUCCUGCAGUACGAGUCGGAUAUCCGGGAAAGAGACGCGCAACGCACACUUCCUGGCUGGAAUUUCUGCACAUUUUUCGUGCUAAAAGAGGGGCUGGCGAUGGGCUUUGAAAAUGUUGGACUACUCGACGAUUCUCUCGCCGUUUAUGAUGAAUUAUCGCUGGGUUUAGACGCUCUUGUCCAAGAUGAGGCAGAAAACGCCGACCCCGACGACCAUGGCGCUUUGCUUCGCUUUUCCAAAGAUUCCAAAAGCCUUCUGAGGACCGCGCUGGAAGAGGACGGCCAGGGCGCUUCACCAAACGACCAGGAUGAAGACUGGAGCUUGUCCCGGCUUCUUGCUGUGGACCGAGCAAUGUUUCCCUUUGUUGGCAAUCGUCAAAGGUACCGAAAUCUAAUACUGGCCAAUCAAGUGUCGGCUCUGGACUUGCGAAUUUAUCUUUUCACCCGACAGAUGGAAAUCCUGCUCAGGCAUGGCAAGGCUGACACCACCAAGCUUCAGGGUUCCAACAAAUCAGGGGCCAAUCUAAGUACCAUCGCCGAGGUUGCCGAACGUGGUGUUCGUUUUAUCAAUCUUGCAGCCCGUACUUUACGUUCCGAGCUUUACGAUGCAUGGGGUGGACAAGAAGGACUUAGUGAUGCUGAGUUGCAUCAUCAAUCGACCGUGACGGGGAACAUUGUUUCAUCGUGGGUAUGGACAGCGACGGUCCAAAUACUUUCUGAAGUACUUCCCUCUCUGGGGAUUGACCUGCAUCACUGGACUAACUCCCUGUCCAUUGACACAUUGGAAUUGUCCCAGAACGCGGGACCUGGAUCGACGGGGUCCGAUCUUGAAGCUGGAAACUACAUACGCCGGCUCUCUUUCACAUCAAACCUCCGAUCACCAUCGCGUGAUCGCUCAUCGGAUCGUAGCAAUCGCCAUUCCAUGUUGACUAACGGUACGACCCCGCUACAACUUCUCCUUUCCCGUGCCGGCUCGCAGAGAAUACUGCUUUGGACAUCUAGGCUAGUGCUCCUGGCCAGACAAACAAUGCAAAAUCUUGAAGCUGUCAAGUGCUGGAAUCAGAUUCUACUUGGAAACAACCCGAUGGAGCAACUUGAGACCUCGAAAACUAAGAUUCGAAUCUCGGUCGAUCAGAGGGAUGACGAACAUGACAUGAUUGUUCGACCUCAUGAGCACAUGACUGGCCUGGACUCCAAUUGUUUGAAAGCAGCGGCAAGAUCCAAGAACACAUUUUUCGACCUUUACAUCUUGUUGACCGUGCUGGCAUAUCGGCUAUUUGGUCACGCCAAAAGCUAUGCUGGUCUCCAGCAAGUGUUGAUAGACCUUGUCAGGUUCGAGUAUCUCCAGCAGAACUACACGAUUGCUGCUCGAUAUCUUAGCAGUGUAUUGGGACCUAUGCCGCGACAGGCAUACAAGCCUACUGAUAUUGAUCUUAUCCAGCUUUACGCUGAAUGCCUUCAGUAUCUCGAUAAGCCGAAUGAUCAGAUCAAGUGUCUGAUGGCUUGUCUUCAAUCUGUACCGGGUGCAAACUUGUCCAGAUCAACAGAUGGCUCAACAAGCAAUCAAGACAUGGCAGAUCAUUUGUUUCGUCUCUCGCGAACUAUUGCUCCAAUCAACGUACCAUUGACGCAUCUUUUUGCCAUUACGAGUGUGGCAUCGACCAUUUCGCAUACAUCAGGAAGAGAUGGAUUCUCUCUCGCACUGGAGAUGAAGACGAUCUGGGGUAGUGACACUCCUUCAACUCUGGACGAAAUGAAGUUGAGAAUUGCUUCCAAAAAUACUGGCGAGCCCAGGUUCUUGACCUUGUAUGCAGAGGAGGCUGUUCAAGUGAGAGGAAGUGCAACGAAGAUCGUGUUGACUGCGCCCGUGGUGACUUACGGGUGGUACACCCUGGAAGAGAUGGAAAUUCAGCUCGGAAAUUUAAGAUUGUUGCACCACUUCCCUUCAGUUGAGGAAAACGAGAGCUUGAGACUGGACGAAACUGUUCAAACGCCAGCAAGUGGGGUCCCGAUUCUUGUGUACCCCAAUUUUGAGUCGCUUUCUGUAAGAGUGAGAUCGGCAGCGAGGAUACAUCUGGCGCAGAAUAGGCGGCUGUGCAUUGAAAUACUAUCAGGACACAACAACGUCAAACAAUGUCGAAUACGACUCAAGACUGCAACGGCGGGUUUGAGGCUCAAUAUUCAUGACUCGGUGUUGUUAGACGGGGACAAGCCUUCUCAUUGUCUGAGAACGGCUCGAGAGGGAGAUACGCUCAUGAUGAUGGUGGACGAGCUCGAGCCGCAAACCUGCACGAUGGUGGAAUUACCGUACACGAUCGAGGUCCAGUCAGAGGCAGCCAUCAGCAUUAGGAUCGAUGCGACAUACGAAACUGAUUCAGGAACGUUCCAUUUGUACGAUGUGGUGACCAUCAACGUCCUUUUGCCGCUGGCUGUCAAUGUUCAAGACGUCUACCGUCCGGGUCAGACGUACUCUCGGUUCGCGUUCAGCCCGGUAACGAUGGUGCCACUCCGAUUGAUUGAUUGUAAGCUCGAAGAAAACGAGUAUUACAGCAUCGAACAGGUCAGGAAUAUGAGGGGCGCUGUGACUGUUUUUCCACGGCAGCCUGCGCACUGGACUGUUGGCUUGAUUCCGAAAGAUGGUGAUGCGACUCGGUCCAGUCGGACGCUCACUCUGGCUGUUCGGUUCCAAUCUUUGGAUGAGGUGAUUUUAGAAGUACUCGAGGAGCACUUUGCGUCGGCUCUGGAAGCGGCAGGUUUUGCCAACGUUUCAAGACUACUGGUGCCUCAUCUGACUCGCUCGAUCCGGGGGCGAUGGACGGAACAGGAUCUGGAAGUUACGGGAUUAACUAAUGAGGUAGAGAUGUGGAGAUUCGAUGAUCUUGACUGGCACAAUGUCCUGUGCGGCAUCGAGCGAGAUUCUAGGCCAGGUAUUGAAAGUUGGCUUGCCCAUUGGCAUUCCUCGGCCUCGGCGAUGAGUAUCUCGAACAUUUUACUCUGCCAACGAGAAAUCAGACUGCACGUGGACGUGCCUCGCUACCCGGUGAUUGUUUGUGCAGUUCUACAUAUUGGGACUUCUGAUAACAGGGGGCGAGUGGCCAGCGUUGGGCAGCCUGCAUUGGCUGAGUUGGAGCUGAAAGCGGAGGGUGGUGAAGAUGACGAGUUGGAGGCGACAUUUGAACUUGUGACAGUAGCAGACACAUGGUUGAUUGGGGGUCGUCGAAAAGGCAAUAUCAAACUGGGGCCCGAAUCAUGCCGUAUUCAGGUUGUUCUCUUUCCACAGCAGACAGGACAUCUGAUGCUUCCGACCGUGACGGUGAAAUGCCGGCGGAAGGCGAUGGAUCCCAAAACCAAACGAGAGUCAUGGACGGAAGUGAACAGCGAAGUGUAUAAUGUUUCACAAGGGCGGAGCGUAUUCGUGUCGUCGGAUUUACAGAGUGCUACUGUUGAGGUUUUUGAAGCGAUUCCUACGAAGGCUGGGGGGAGGUUGAUUGCAUGCAAACCACGAUAAGGCUUGAAGCGUUGAGCAGAGAUUGGGAAUCUCUAAGGAUCAUCUGCAGCGUUGAUAGAGGAGAAAUAUGGACGAUGUAAAAACGUGGAAAUCACAACUGACGAGAGGAUGCAGGAUGAUUUGCAUGUUUUCUUCAGAACAGUAUUGGUGGUUACGUAAGGCCCAGAUCAAAAGAUUUAGGGAGUAAGAUCUGCAGGGGUUUCGCAGAUGGCAGAGUGGCACAAUGAUCCAGGCACAUGGAUGCAAGAAAAGCUUAGAUGCAGCAACAACGAAGCACACGGCACGAGCCGCGGGAAAGGGAAUAAAAGUAAAAGGAUAGUGGCGUGGAUGGACAAGGACUCGGUGGGAAUUGAACACCAGCUCUAGUAGGUACCUAGGCACCGUUUCGAG